AUGUGCUUGCAGCAUCAAAGGAGAACUGAUGACAGAGGAAGGCAGUAGCGGAUGGGGUCUGACUGACAGACAUCAGUAGGCUGCUGUCGCACGGAGGUUUCCGGGGUUGUUCAUCAACGGUCUCUUAUUCCAUCGCGCAAUGAAGGAUCAAAACUACAGCGAAGAAAUUGCUAAAAUACUGGAGGAGGCUCCCUCUGCUCGCAAAGCACUUUUAGACAACUACAACAAUUUACACGAUGUAGCGAAGUAUUGCGAGAACAACUACCUGCAGUCUGGAAAUGACACCAGCAAAGCUCUGGAGGAGACCAAGGCCUUCACUGCUCAGUCUUUGGCUAGUGUGGCCUAUCAGAUCAGCUCUCUGGCCACCAAUGUGCUCAAGCUUCUGGAUGCACAGACCCUGCAGCUCCGCAAGAUAGAGUCCUCCGUCAACCAGAUUGGACAGACAGUGGACAUGCACAGGGAGAAGGUGGCCCGCAGAGAGAUUGGCGCUUUCACGGUUGCCAAGAGGGUUUCACGCAGUCAUAAGAUUAUCCCCCCGACAAAAAAUAAAGAAGCCAAGAUCAAGUACUCCCGCACACCCAUCUCUUUCUCCAGCCUGGACUCUGUUGGCCAUGGUGUGAAGGAUUCUGGCCAGCCGCAGUUAAAAACAGCUACCAUGACGCGGAGCAGCAGCACGCUGAGUCGAGGCGGCCGCCCUCCAGAGCCUGUCCAGUGUCCCGUGGCGCCCACUCUGUCUCAUGGAGCGUCCCUCACCUCACUUAAUGACAAGUCUAUUGCUUCGAGCUUUGGUAAAGCCGUGCCGCCCCCUGUAGUGCCCAGCUGGCCCACCAGCCCUGAUAGUGACAUCAUCAGCACACUGCUGGAUGAAGCGCCACCCCCUCCACCCCCACUGAUGGAGGCAGAGGGUGAAGAGGAUCAUGGGCAGAAAACCGGUCCACCUCCACCUCCAUCUCCACCUCCACCUCCUCCCCUUGACUGCACCAACAUCCCGCCACCUCCUCCCAUGCCUGCUUCAAUCAGUACAUCUGAUCCCAGCAGCCUAAUGACCAUGCCACCUCCUCCUCCACCAGCUCCACCUCUUGAAACAGUGGCCGAGGAGAAUGGAUUUCCUCUACCAGAAGCACUCUGUGACAUGCCUCCUCCACCAGCCCCUGAUGGCCUUGAUCUUCCAACCCCACCGCCUCCGCCUGGCGAUGAGAACUAUGAUGCUCUGCGUUCUCGCCGGUCACGAGUGCGACGUCAUCCUCCUAGCUCUCGCUCUCUCUCUCUGAGGGUCCGCAUGGGCCCCAGCGCUCGCUCGCUGUACACACGCUCGCUUUUUCUGCCCUCUGCUCAAUCACUCAUGAUACCCCCACCCCCUCCAUACCCGCCUCCUCUGGCUCCGCCCGCUUCAUUCAGCCCAUUGUGCAGGAUCCCUGCUCGCCUAGCGCACCUGGACCUUGAGAUUCCAGCACCGCCCCCAUCACCACCAGUAGAUGACUUUGACAACUAUGAGGAAAUGCCCCCUUUACCUCCCCCUAUUGAUUAUGACAUAUCUGCACCAGCUGACUAUUUGGAGAAAGUGGUGGCACUAUAUAACUUCAACACAGGCAAGCCAGGUGACCUGGUCUUUCAGGAGGGGGACAUCAUCUACCUCACCUGCAGGAAUGAUGAUGGCUGGUGCGAGGGCGUUCUGAAUGGAGUAAAGGGUUAUUUUCCUGGCAACUAUGUGGAGUCCACCGCUUAACUGGCCAUAAGAAUCCAGAAUAUCAGUGAACCAACUAUUUGAGACCUAUAAGGCACUUUGUAUUCGCAUUUUAUAAAAUGAAACAGUGAAACGAUUGGCUGUUGAAAUGCUUUUAUAAUAUGUUGAAGUUUUAAAACAUUCCAACUAACAGCAGAGAGGAGUUUGUGUGGACAUGAAAAGUCUAUUUUGGUCUUAAAUAAUGAUAUUGAUAAUUGAUCUCUCAGGACUUUAAGUUAUAAUCUAAAUGUACAAUAUAUAAAGAAUCAUUUUUGUACAUUUAGCUGUAUUUGAGAAGUUCACAAAGCAGAUAGUGUGUGGUAUUUGUUUAAAUUAUGUCGAGUAAAUAAUGAAAUAAUAUAUUUGUGUAAUAUAAUUUAGUUUUCUAAUUGUAAACCUUUAUUACUCAUAAAUUGAUAACAUUUUAUUGAUUCCCUAGCAGAUGAGUAGCAGUAUUUUCCCAAACUUUUUUCACCCUAGUAAGUGACUGAAAUCUGAUAAUAAACACAAUUCAGUCACAAUUUCAUGAUACCAAGUAGGCAUUUACAGUGCAUAGAAUCAAUAAACUGUUGACACUGAUGUCUGGGAAUAAAGUUUUUAUUUGUUUUAUGUCAAUUAUAACUAUCCACUCAUUAUACAAAGAUCUUUUGACCUGUUUAUUAAUGAUGAUCUGACUUAUACGCACCAGUAGCCUUAUUAUUUACAUUUUUUGUUCUCCUUUAGACUGUUACUCAUGAAAGAUAUUAAACCUUCCAUAGUUUCUUCAA